AUGUCCACAGCCAUGACACCUGCCAGAGUCGGCGCUUUGGCAUGCCAGAGGAACUCAUUUCUUUUUGAUGGGUUCAAAACACUGGUUGUUUCCUGCGAACCAAUCAAGAACAAAAAGGACAAAAUUGAGGACUAUGAGAUUGAAUUACAGGAUACUAUUCUGUUCCCCGAAGGGGGAGGUCAACCAAGCGAUUCUGGCUCCUUGAAAAUUGUGGAAGGAAAUGGUGAUUCAUCGUUAAUUGAGAAGAUAUCAGUUUCACAUGUUUCUCGUACUGGUUUACAUGCAAAGCAUCAUGUAAAUGAGUACAUUGAGCCUGGCACAACAGUGGAAGUAGCUGUAGAUGGAGAGAGGAGGAUGGAUUAUAUGCAACAACACACUGGUCAACACCUGUUAAGCGCGAUUCUGGAACGUAACUACAAAGUAGAUACUGUAUCGUGGUCGAUGGGUGGCAUCAUUACAAAAAAAAAGCUUGCUUUAGAGCCUAGCGACUAUUUCAACUAUAUAGAGUUGAACAGGAGAUUGACAGUCGAUGAAGUAACACAAAUAUCAGAUGAGAUUAACCAGUUGAUCAUCAACUUUCCUCAGGAAAUCACUGUAGAGGAAAGUACAGGUGAAGAAAAGGUAGAUGAAGUUGACACAUCUAAAAUUCCUGACGAUUAUGACCUCUCCAAAGGUAUACUGCGUACUAUCCACAUCGGUGACAUUGAUUCUAAUCCGUGCUGUGGAACACACUUGAAAUCUACCUCCCAGAUAGGUUCCAUUUUAGUUCUUUCCAAUCAAUCAGCCGUAAGAGGCUCAAACUCAAGGCUCUAUUUCAUGUGCGGAAAGCGGGUUUCUGAUUAUGCAAAAUCGACUAAUAAAAUCUUACUGGAUUCUAAAAACCUACUGAGUUGUUCAGAGACUCAAAUUCCUGAGAAAAUAACGAGGCAAACCAAACAAAUCCAGCAAUCCAAUAAAAGAGAACAAUAUUGGAUAAAGAAAUUAGCACGUACGGUUUCUAAAGAAUUAAAAAAUUCACUAGAAGCCAGCGGAAGGAAAAGGGCCUAUUUUAUGGAAGAAGAAUUCGGAACAUUGGAACUAUUGCUACAGAUUCACAAAGAAAUAUCUAUUUUUUUGAAAAAUGGUUUAGAAGCUUACGAAAUCAUCCUAUGCGGUUACGAAAGACAAACAACCACUGGAUCGCUGCUAAUUCUUUCGGAAUCCGGUGAAAAAAUCUCCACUUUAGCCAUCAACUUGGGUUCAGUACUAAGAAACCUAAAGGGCGGUGGUGGUAAGAAGGGAGGCAAAUGGCAAGGUAAGUUUACAUCUAUUUCGAAUGCUGAGUUUGCCGCCCUCAGUGAUUAUUUAAGCCAUGAUUUCGCAUCAUGUUGA